AUGCUACACAGGGGCUUGGUGGCUGCCCUGUUUUUUCAGUUCCUUCUCGUUCCAGCCUCCUCUGUACUUCUUCCUGAUUUCCUCCAGACACAGUCGUCAGAGACCUGCGGACGAUCUGCCGAAUUCAAACCCAACACAAUUUUGGUUCAUCAUGGGGCAUUGAAUGUUGAUGGUGGAUUUUUGAAGCGUCUCGUUGUCCACUCAUUGAAUGAAUGCUACUUUGCUUGCUGUUCUGUAGCCGCGUGCACUGGUGCUGUAUUUAAGGCCAAAAACUCUAAAAUAUGUCUCCUGUUCAGCUGCACUCAUGAUAACGAUUGCACUUACAAAUCACGUGAAUUUUAUGAUGUGAUACUGUUGAGUCGUGCAACUUCCAAUGUUCAUCACGUAGGAAUUGGGCAACUUUGUGGCCCUACGAAAAUAUGUCAAGCUAAUCACAGUGUCUGCUCUGACGGCCGUUGUGAAUGUCAAUCAGGCUACCUACGCGAAAACUCUGCGUGCGUACAAUCUGUAUGCCAGUCACCACAGUUGCAAUUCCAGUGCUUCGAUUCGUCAACCUGUGUAGCCAUAUAUGAUAAAUGCAACGGGAUUGCUGAAUGUCCAGAUGGUUCGGACGAGGUUGGAUGCUCGCAAUUGUCGGAUCCUACGGCGGAUCGCUCCUCCGAUCACUUGCAUCUGCCAGCAAAUACAAACGAGACGAAUGGAACUCGCGAGCAGCUUGGUUCGUUUCAUCGAUUUUCUGCCGGGCGGGAAUUCACCGGAACAACACGCUCUCCUCUGAGGGCCCACAAGCAACUUUCGCACUUCCCAGACUAUCCAAAUGUUCGCAACCCUACAAGCUGGCAUCGAUGGGAAACAGAUGAAGACUGGCGUGACCGUGAUUCCGUAGAAGCUAUGCGUGGAGGCCCUCUAGACUUGGAUCCAAGCAGUGACAAUCAGCGUGGUCUGCCAUUUUUUCAGCCGAAGAACCCCUAUGCGACUUUCAAGCAUCAUAAAGCGCAGUCCUUAGCUUCGGACUUUGAUGGCGUCGCUUGGGAGCGACCGGCUUUGUGGAGCCUUCGGCAACGUCGGUUUGGCCACCCGCACUCGACUACAUCCGAUGAUCGCCCUCAUCGGAGCAAAAUCCCUUCCUUUUACAGUCGUAACAAUUACGUUUUGUCUCAUACCUCCGAUGAAACAAAGCCACCUCGUUUCCAUGCACCUACUGUUAACCCGAUGGACCAAUAUUGGGAUUCCUAUCCCGGGUCCGAUUCCAUACUCGAUUUGGACGACGACACACAUCCACACCAGCGUCAUUUACUACCCAGCAGCUCACGGACAGAAGAGUUGAUUGAUCCAAGUGUUUUCAAUCAUUUUCGCACCCAGGAUCGAGAGCCGUCUAGUGCAGCAGAUGUUCCACAUAGACACACCGUUUCAUCAAUUCUUAACGGUGCUCGAGUUAGACGAACCGAACCUGAAUAUGCAUCUUCGAAAGAUCUUGAUGUGGCUGCUUCUGGAUCCCUCCAUCCGAAAUCCUCUCCUCCUGGUGAUACUGUUCUAAAUGUGUUGGGGCGAAGUCGAAACGAAAGCCAUACAUCCAUCCUAAUUCUUUCAUUUGGUCUCGGCCUCGUUUGUUGCUUUAUUGGCCUACUGAUCCUCGAAUGGCGGCGCAGAACCCGCACCUCGACUUGGGCUAUGCGUCGACGCCCUGCCAAAUUACCCGUUUUGUUUAAUGAACGCGGAAAACCGGCUGCAGUUCAGAUGCGCUCUAAUCGACGACCAAAGACGACAGUCCGUGCCAUGACCAAUCCCACAGGAUCGGAUGAUGAGAACGAAGCGCUUUGUAACGGUCUAGUCUUGUGA